AUGUUAAGAAGGUAUAUUUUAUACAAAUCUUAUGCAUUUAUCAAUUGCCGUUAUGCUUCUCAAUCUAUGUUACAGUCAAAAAUUGAUGACAAAACAGGUAUAAUAUACAAUUUAUUUUUAUCAUAUUAUAUUAUUUAGUUUUAACAGAAUAUAAAAUGAUACCUAAUUAAUUUAAUUUGUUCAGGCAUAGCCGCAUUGUUAAUGAAUAGACCACCUGUAAAUAGUUUAAAUCUGGAAGUUUAGAUGAAAUUAAAUCUCAGCUUGCACAAUUUCAAAAGAUAACAUUCGAGGAAUGAUAUUAACAUCGGUAUUUACAUACAAUUUAGUAAAAUAUGUUGAUAGGAAGUUUAGAUGAAAUUAAAUCUCAGCUUGCACAAUUUCAAAACGAUAACAUUCGAGGAAUGAUAUUAACAUCGGUAUUUACAUACAAUUUAGUAAAAUAUGUUGAUUGCUCAACUAUAUAAUAUUAUCGGUUAUUUAUUGAUUAUUAUAUUGAAUAAUCAUAAAAAUAAAAUAUUUUAUUUUAGGACUUGCAGAAAAUAUUUUGUUAUGGUUUAGAUGUAACAGAGUUAUAUAAUCCAAAUCCUGAAAGAUUAUCUAAAUUUUGGACUACUCUUCAAGAUACAUGGCUUGCACUUUAUUUGACUUCAUUCCCAACUGUAGCUGUUAUUAAUGUAAUCAUUUCAUAAUCUUAUCAAUUAAGUAUUGAUAUGAUUGUAUCAAAUUGAUCAAAUUAUUAAGACUACCUCAAAUACAUUAUUUCUGUUUAAAGAACUACAACAUAGAGAGCGAAAAUAUUAAUGUUCUAUAAAUAAGUUUUAUACUACUUUUUGUUUACCAUAACUUCCAAUAUACCUAUUACGUAAUAUAAUCUUUCAUAACAACACAAGGAAAUAAGGAUAUUAAUUAGGAGUUGACCAGUGGAGUUCAAAACUGAAGUAUUAUUAGUCAUACAAAAAAUAAAGCAAUUAUUUAGAAUCAUUAUUAAUACAUAUUCCUAUGUACAGUUGACAUUGUAUAAAUAACAUAGUUAUACAAUGGUAGUUAUUAUUACAAGAAUAAUGCAUUUUCUUAGUCCAUUAUAGUUGGAUUAUUGAACUAUUUGGUUUUUGAUAAUUACAUUGAAAAAAACAUAUAGGGCCAUAGUCCAGCAGCAGGCUGUUUGCCAUGAGUUGCGAUUACAGAGUUAUGGUCAGACCAAAUUAUACUGUUGGAUUAAAUGAGACUAAAUUGGGACUCAUUGCUCCAAAAUAGUAAUUUUUGAAUUUUAAUAUAAUAAUUGUUUGUAUAAAAAAACUUGUUUAUAUUUUAUUAAAAAAAAAAAAAAAAAAAAAACAAUUAAAUAUCACGUUAUUUACUAGGUUUCAAGAUUGCAUGGUUGCAGUUAUUGGUCAAAGAAAAGCUGAAGUAUCAUUGACUUCAGGAAAGAUGUAUACUACAGAUCAAGCCCUGCAAAUUGGUUUAGUUGAUGAAAGUGUUCCAGAUGUAGACAAUGCCCUUAAUAAAGGAACACAAUUUUUAAAUAAUUUUCAAAAAAUAUCUCGUUAGUAGUUUUAUACUUUUUCUAGAACUGUUCAAAUUAUUAAUGAAUAAUAAUAUACUUAUUUUUAAUUUUAUUUAUUAUAGCUUGGGCAUAUAAAAUGACUAAAGAUAUCAGUCGCCAGGCAGCUGUUCAAUGGUUAAUUGAUAAUAAACAGAAAGAUCUCGACUUCGUUACGAAAUUUUUGAAGUCUCCCGGUGUUCAAAAAUCUUAG